AUGGCCGACAAACUUCGUACUCUCCAGCAACUCGAAUCUCUUCAAGCCAAAUACGUUGGCACCGGCCACGCUGACACUACCCGUUAUGAGUGGAGCAACAACAUCGUCCGAGAUUCGUACGCAUCUUAUAUUGGACAUCCUCCUCUUCUUGCAUAUAUGGCUUUGGGAUUAGGAGAAAGCAAAGAGAUUGUCAGAGGGCAGAUGAUAGAGAAGAUGAUAAGAGCCAGCGGUCCACCACCCGCACGAGAAGAAGAUUGA